GCCCCCAUCGCAAGUUUCAUACAACUUUUUUAUUUAUCAAAUCCUUCAAAAGUUACACAAUCAUACUGUUUUAAAAGAAUGCUGUUUUCAGCUCAUAAUUAAAAGCUAUUACUUAGUUUUGUCUUAAAUUUUAAUUGAUGUUGAAAAAUAUAUGCUGUAAUUUAUUUAGAAAUUUUACCGACGCGUUAAUCGAAGUGGGGCGAAAAGGUUUUGGGGCGAGAAACGUUUUCUCACAAAAACGAUAAUCCAACGCGAGAGAGUUCGUCGUGAGUUCACUAACAAAAAAGCAACAUGGCGGAGUAUUUAGCGUCGAUUUUUGGAACAGAGAAAGACAAAGUCAACUGUUCCUUCUACUUCAAGAUUGGUGCAUGUCGCCAUGGGGACCGUUGCUCUCGACUUCACAACAAGCCAACGUUCAGUCAGACGAUUGUUCUGUCCAACAUUUACCAGAAUCCACAGAAUACUGCGCAGAGUGCAGAUGGAGGAAACAUAUCCAACGUAUCGGAUGUAGAAAUGCAGCAACAUUUCGACGAUUUCUUUGAGGAGGUUUUCACUGAACUGGAGGAGAAAUAUGGAGAAAUUGAGGAAAUGAACGUCUGCGACAAUUUGGGAGACCAUCUUGUGGGCAAUGUCUACGUAAAGUAUCGCCGUGAGGAGGACGCGGAGUCAGCAGUCACCAAUUUGAACAAUCGAUGGUUCAACGGUCAGCCAAUCAGAGCCGAGCUGUCUCCGGUGACAGACUUCAGAGAGGCCUGCUGUCGCCAGUAUGAAAUGGGGGAAUGCACCCGAGGUGGUUUCUGUAACUUCAUGCAUCUGAAGCCGAUCUCUCGUCAGCUUCGGCGAAAGCUGUACGGGCUCCGGAAGAAGAGACGAUCCCGCUCGCGCUCUCCAAGCAGAGAGAGGAAGAGGUCGCGCUCCCGGAGCCGAGACCGCUCCCGUCGACGAGGCAGGUCUGGGGAACGGGAGCGCUCCGGUCGGUUUUAAGGAUAGAGAACUUCAUCACUGCUGUUCAUCAGCCCAUCAGAAAAUAACAGAAGUUUGUACAAAAAACAUUUCAACUGGUAUACAUAUAGCGGUUAAUCCAGUUCUGGAAUUACAAGAUGGCCCCGGCCUCUGUCGUGGCCUUGGUGCCCCUUCAGAUGUUUCCAACAGCAAUUUAAGAUUUCCCAAUAAAAGUGCUCUGUGUAAGAUUUCCGUAAGAAAGUGCUCUUGCAAAAUAAAAAUGGCUUUGCCUUCUCAAACAUGAAAUUCCAGGCCUGUUUAUCACCUCGAGAAGAAAGGCAUUAUGACGAAGAAAAGAAGAUGAAAAGAUGAGUGUUGUUGCAGAAAACUCCAGCACUGUUUUUUUUAAAUCUUAACCCCCUAGUUCCUAGUGAUGCCCUGUAAAUAAAAAUCCAAUGUUACUGGUCACAUAAAACAAGUUUGACUACAGGAAUAUUAUUCUUACCUUUGACCAAGAUAUACACUUGCUAAAAGACUUA